AAGCAGAAGCACAUACCAUUACCAACCAUUACCAAUGUGGACGUGAGCAAGCAUUGCGUAUCUUAUCUCCGUAACUUGAAUCGUCCCAGGAAACACAUCGUGCAUUCGUGAUCAAAUUCGAUCACCCGAAAAAAUAUUUUGGGGUUUUAAUGUUGAGGAAUUGCGCCCGUCAUCUAGUUAGACAUCACUUUCAACAAGUUAUCUUUCAGAGCACAGCAACCAUGUCCAGCUUGACCCUCAACUCUGUGGUUGAUGAGUUUAAUCGACUUGCUCCUCUCUCUUUGGCGGAGUCAUGGGAUAAUGUCGGUCUUUUGGUUGAGCCCACUAGUGCUAAAAUUAUCAAGAAGAUACUGCUCACCAAUGAUCUGACUAACAGUGUUAUGCAAGAGGCUGAGAGUUCUUCAGUAGACCUCAUUUAUUCUUACCAUCCUCCCAUAUUCGCACCUUUGAAGCGCAUCACUGCUUCAAAUUGGAAAGAAAAAAUUAUUGCUAGGUGCUUAGAGAACAAAAUUGCUGUUUACUCUCCUCAUACUGCAUUAGAUGCUUUGAAAGGAGGCGUUAAUGAUUGGCUGGCCGAGGCGUUUGGUUCUAAUGUUGCUUCCUGCAACCCACUAACGACGUCCUACGCUGCGUUCCCUCGUCGUAAUUGCACGCACAUGGUUGAAAUUCCCGUGCCUUUCAAUCCAGAAGGGAAAAAAUUAGUUCGAUCGAUUCUGGAGUUAGUUGCUUCAGUUCCUGAAGCUCGCUUAGAAGAACACAUUUCUACUGCAGAUGGAUAUGAGCAAAUGACCAUUAUGGCCCCUGAGAAAGCCCUUCCGUCAAUAAUCGAAUUAGUUAACCAAUGCUCAUUUGCAAACGCUUCUCGCUACGUCCGUAUCAUCCGCGUUGAGAAGCCUCCGAUCCCGGGAUCGGGUAUGGGACGAUUAAUUCGAUUGUCCGAGCCCAUCACAAUCAACCGUGUUGUAGAGUUGGUAAAGUCCCAUCUAAAACUACAGCAUGUUCGUUUAGCAACCGCAGGCAAUGCAGAGAACAAUAUGAAUGUCGAAACAAUCGCGUUGUGUGCUGGCUCAGGAGCUUCAUUAUUGAAAAACGUAAAAGCGGACGUGUUCUUAACGGGCGAAAUGUCUCAUCAUGAAGUACUUGAUGCUGUUCAUCGUGGAACUAGCGUCAUUUUAUGUGAGCACUCGAACACUGAACGUGGAUUUCUUUCCAAAUGGAAAGAAGUUCUUCAUUCAGCCCUUGGAGAAGAUGUUCAGAUUGAUGUAUCUCUUAAUGAUCACGAUCCCUUACAGGUAGUUUGAUAUUUUUUAAGAGAUUUGUUUGAAUAUUGUUGGGGCCAUAUCUUUUGGGGUAUGCUUAACAGAUCUGUUUGAACCCAAAAGCUCAAUUCAAAUAAAAAAGUACAAUGAA